AUGCCGCUGUGGGGCUGGAGCCUGCUGCUGGCGGCGCUGCUGCCCGCCGCCGCCGCGCCGCCGCCGCCGGCCUGCCCCGAGCGCUGCGAGCGGGCGCGCUGCCCGCCGCUGCCCGCCGCCUGCCCCGGCGGCGCCGUGCUGGACGCCUGCGGCUGCUGCCGUGUCUGCGGGGCGGAGGAGGGCGAGCCCUGCGGCGGGCCCGGCGGCGGCGGCCCCCCCUGCGGCGAGGGGCUCCAGUGCGUCGUGCCCCCCGGCGCCGUGCCCGCCUCGGGCACCGUGCGCAAGCGGGCGGCCGCCGGGCGCUGCCUCUGCGCCAGCAGCGAGCCCGUCUGCGGCAGCGACGCCGUCACCUACGCCAGCCCCUGCCAGCUGCGCGCCGCCAGCCGCCGCGCCGAGCGCCUCCGCCAGCCGCCCGUCAUCGCCAUCCAGCGCGGCGCCUGCGGGCAGGGCCAAGAACAUCCUAAUAGCCUGCGGCACAAAUACAACUUUAUUGCAGAUGUGGUGGAGAAGAUAGCUCCUGCUGUGGUUCACAUUGAAUUAUUUCGCAAACUUCCUUAUUCGAAGAGGGAGAUUCCUGUUGCCAGUGGCUCGGGCUUCAUCGUCUCAGAAGAUGGCCUGAUAGUCACAAAUGCCCAUGUAGUCACCAACAAAAACAGAGUAAAGGUGGAGCUGAAGAAUGGUGAAACAUAUGAAGCUAAAAUUAAAGAUGUUGAUGAAAAAGCUGACAUUGCACUAAUUAAAAUAGAUUCUCAGGGUAAAUUACCAGUCCUUCUGCUUGGUCAGUCUGCAGACUUGAGGCCAGGAGAAUUUGUGGUUGCAAUCGGAAGUCCAUUUUCACUUCAAAACACAGUGACCACUGGGAUUGUUAGUACCACUCAGCGUGGAGGAAAGGAGCUGGGGCUCCGCAACUCUGAUAUGGACUAUAUUCAGACAGAUGCCAUCAUCAAUUAUGGGAACUCUGGAGGACCCUUAGUAAAUCUGGAUGGUGAAGUCAUUGGAAUUAACACAUUAAAAGUCACAGCUGGAAUCUCAUUUGCUAUUCCAUCCGAUAAAAUCAAAAAGUUCUUAACUGAAUCUCAUGACAGACAAGCUAAAGGAAAAGCUAUAACCAAAAAGAAAUACAUUGGCAUACGAAUGAUGUCUCUUACUCCUAGUAAAGCUAAAGAGCUGAAGGAUCGGCAUAAAGACUUCCCUGAUGUUGUCUCUGGGGCCUACGUUAUUGAAGUAAUUCCAGAAACACCAGCUGAAGUUGGUGGCCUGAAGGACAAUGAUGUGAUUAUAAGCAUCAAUGGACAGUCGAUAACUUCAGCCAGUGAUGUCAGUGACAUUAUUAAAAAGGACAGUACUUUGAACUUGGUUGUACGCAGGGGCAACGAAGAUGUUAUGUUAACAGUAGUUCCUGAAGAAAUUGAUCCCUAACCAGAAACAUGAGCUGGAUUUCAUGUUUUCUUUUAACAGCGUUGGACUGCUUAUAUUCUCUCUGUGCUGGUACAGGAAAUGUUAGACUUCUGACCAACAUUCUGCUUGUUCAGUGGAUUAGUAUUGGCCAACAGAGUAACUUCUAAUAGGUUUAAGGUGCAAAAUCCCUGUAAUUUCACAUACUCCAAAUGAUAAUUUUUCCUUCUGUAUUAUGUAUGCAAUGUAUUCUUUACUGGCUAUUACAUCUGUCCCUGCUUAACAAGUCAACAUUUGCUUCCCUAUGUUGGAUAGAUUUACCAUUAUUUCAGCUAAAAGAUUUAAACAAAACCCACACACACAGUGUGUGUUGUGGUAUUCAGGUAUUUAUAGGUUAGCUGUGUUUUAACUGGAAAUACCAUUGUAAAGGAGUAGUUGGUUUAAAAGAAAAAAAAGUGGUUUAUAAACAAAUCCCAAACCAAAAUAAUCCUUUCAAAAUCCCGUGCAGAAUUUUAAUACUAUGAUAUUUUCUUAGUGUUAUUAAAAGAAUUCAACAGUA